UCCCCAGCAGCACGGCGCGCAACACAACACACUGACAGCUGCGACUGACUCACAACCGAGGGGGGAAAGAUGGAGCACAGAGACGCCGACUUCAACAUACUGUUAGCGACCGAUUCAUACAAGGUAACACAUUACAAACAGUACCCUCCCAACACGAGUAAAGUGUAUUCCUACUUCGAGUGCCGCGAGAAGAGGACAGAUUCCACCAAAAGCAGAAAAGUCAAAUAUGACAAAACGGUCUUCUACGGCCUACAGUACAUCCUCCACAAAUACCUAAAAGGAAAGGUCGUGACUCCGGAGAAGAUCCAGGAAGCAAAGGAAGUAUACAGAGAACACUUCCAGGAUGACGUUUUCAACGAGAAGGGCUGGAAUUACAUUUUGGAGAAAUACAAUGGACACCUGCCCAUUGAAAUCAAGGCAGUGCCAGAGGGGAGUGUCAUUCCUCGAGGCAAUGUUUUGUUCACAGUGGAGAGCACGGACCCUGAAUGCUACUGGCUCACCAACUGGGUGGAGACCAUCCUGGUUCAGAUCUGGUACCCCAUCACCGUGGCCACCAACUCCAGAGAGCAGAAGAAGAUCCUCGCCAAGUACCUCCUAGAGACUUCUGGGAACUUGGAGAGACUAGAGUAUAAACUACAUGACUUUGGCUACAGGGGCGUCUCAUCACAAGAGACUGCAGGCAUCGGGGCCUCCGCCCAUCUGGUCAACUUCAAGGGCACAGACACGGUCGCAGGCAUCGGAGUCAUUAAGAAGUACUACGGCACCAAGGACCCUGUGCCAGGCUUCUCAGUGCCUGCUGCAGAACACAGUACCAUCACAGCGUGGGGAAAAGACCAUGAAAAAGAUGCAUUUGAGCACAUCAUCAAACAGUUUCCCAGCGUGCCCGUAUCCAUAGUCAGCGACAGCUACGACAUCUACAAUGCCUGUGAGAAGAUCUGGGGAGAAGACCUACGGGGGCUGAUAGAGAAGCGCAGUGCAGAUGCUCCGCUGGUUGUCCGGCCAGACUCAGGAAACCCUCUUGAUACUGUUUUGAAGGUUUUGGAGAUCCUGGGUAAGAAGUUUUGUCCAGAGGAGAACUCUAAAGGAUUUAAGGUUCUCCCUCCUUACAUCAGAGUCAUACAAGGAGACGGAGUUGAUAUCAACACACUGCAAGAGAUUGUGGAGGGUAUGAAGCAACACAGGUGGUCCAUUGAGAACAUUGCCUUCGGCUCCGGAGGGGCUCUGCUGCAGAAACUGACCAGAGAUCUGCUCAACUGUUCCUUCAAAUGCAGCUAUGUGGUCACUAAUGGACUAGGGGUGAACGUGUUCAAGGACCCAGUGGCAGACCCCAACAAGAGGUCAAAGAAAGGUCGCCUGUCUCUGCACCGGACGCAGAGCGGAGACUUUGUCACCCUGGAGGAGGGCAAGGGCGACCUGGAGGAGUAUGGCGUGGACCUGCUACACACAGUCUUUCAGAACGGGAAGAUUGUGAAGACGUACACAUUUGAUGAAGUCAGAGACAAUGCAAAGCUCAAAGAGAGUGAGCUUAAAGAGUUGCUGCACUGAGAGCAACACUACUAAUCCCCCACACCACCUCCUAAC